UGCACACAAAUAGAGAUUGUUUCCUUAAACGGCGUUAACCAGUUGAUCUUUGUAAUGGUGAAGUGUUUUCUUUCGCGUACGGACUGAAUUGUAAAACGUAAUUUAGAAAAUCUUCUGUUUCAAAAGGUUUGAACUGUAAUUAUGAAAUGUUUCGGACCUGCGACGGUCUUGAUGUUUGUGUUUAAGGCAGAUUUUUCGUCGUUAUCAACGCGAAAUGAAAUGAAACGAGGAGCAGGAAAUAUUUACGCAAAGGUCACUUGCGACAAAUGUGCGUAGAUAGGAACUUUAUACAAGCGCACAACAAGGGACGUUUUUGUGGACGCUUGUGCUGGUCGGUAUAGAGACUACGUCGCGUUUUAAACACAGUGGUAAUUAUGCCUAAGCAGUCGAUACUUGCAAUGGAGCCACGUUGUGUUUUCUUUGAGGUCGGAAAUUAAUUUCGUAAACAUUUAGACGAAUUGGUCCCUCAGAGAGUUUUGGAGUUCAUUACAUAAGAGUUUAAUAUAAUUUAUGGCUACCAGUAUGACCUUGAAAGAUGUAUGAAUGUACAUAAGUAACUUCAUUGAGUAUAGACCUUACUGAGAUGCUAACUGUCGCUCAGCUAGUCAAAUGCCCUUUCUUUCAUUAUCGUGUUCAAAAGUCCGUAUUCUGAGCGAGAUAAAUACAGUCCGAAACAUACGACCUUAUUUAUUUUAAUACGAAUCUGCCUUCUACGCCACAACUCUUUCUGAAUCAACAUAAAUUAUUUUAAAAUGUAGUUCAUGUUGUCCAAUUUGGACAGAAAUGUAGGCACACGCUAACCUAGCCUGCAGACGCAGUUUGCCUUCGGUCCUACGUCAGAAGGGCUUGGGGUCAGGACACAGUACGAAAUGACUUGGAUCUGAGAGCGAAGCAACAGAAUGACGCGGCUGUGGUCUGUGUACGCGGUUGGAUUUGAGGUACUCUCCGAGGAUGGCUGUCUACUGGGUUCUAGCGCCAAGUGAGUAAUCUGGCAGACGUUUACCGACGUUCCAGAGGUUCUUGCUGCCUCCAUAAUCAGGGAUAUACAACGCAGAAGACAGUCAUCACAAUACUCACCGUCUGAAGAACGUGAAGUGUCACGUGUUCGCUGUUGUGGUCAGACUGACAUUGCAGUGCGUACAAUCAAUCGGCCUCGAACUGCGUCUCACACCCACGUCUGCUGUGUAUUCGGUGUGGCAGAAGACGCCUAUGCCCCUGACGGUGGAAUUGUACUUCUUCAACUGGACCAAUCCCGACGAACUGAUGAACGAAGGUUUCAGACCCAACCUUAUAGAGAUGGGGCCUUACAGGUUCAAGGAAUUCUUGGAGAAGACAAACGUCACGUGGAAUACGAACAGGACUAUCACCUUCCGGAGGCUCCGGCGCUGGUAUUUUGACGGCGAGAACUCGAACGGGACACUGGACGACAGUGUGACGACGCUGAACCCCGUGGCCCUGUCGGCGGCUUACGUUUCGAGAUUCCGCAGUUCCUUCAUACAGUACACGCUGUCCAGCACACUUCUUAUGACCGGACAGAAGGUCUGGGUGACACGGACGGUGCGAGAGUUCAUGUUCGACGGCUACAGCGAUCCUCUGCUGACCGUUGCCACGAAGUUCCCCCACGUGACACAGAGUCGGUUUACAGCGGAUAAAUUUGCCUGGUUUUACAAGAGAAAUGAUUCGUCAGAACACGAAGGGGUGUUCAACGUGGACACUGGGGAGGAAGACACCUCAACGAUUGGAGUUCUCAGGGCGUGGAAUUUCAAGAAUCGCUCCGACUCCUUCGAGGCGAAUUGCGGCGAAAUCAAAGGCUCCGUUGGGGACCUGUUUCCUCCCGGUCAGAAAAAGGACAAACCUCUGCAGAUGUUUUCAGCUGACUUCUGCAAGUCAAUUCAGUUCGACUAUUCCGAAGAGACGGAGGUUCUGGGUAUCCCCGGGUACGUUUACGCGGGCAGCAAGUCAAUUAUGGACAAUGGAACCGCGGACCCUGACACCUGGUGCAACUGCGGGGGCGAAUGCGUCCCCCAGGGUGUCCUCAACAUAUCAGCAUGCCGCUAUGGGGCUCCCGGGUUCGUGUCAUAUCCGCACUUCCUCGACGCCGACCCAAUCUUCAGCCAGAAGAUCAAAGGAAUGAGCCCUAAUCCUGAGAAGCACCGGAUGUACGUCACUUUGGAGCCUACCACGGGGAUUCCCCUCGACGUGGCGGGAAGGUUUCAGAUAAACUUGCUUCUGCAGCCCAGUCGAAGCAUCAGUUUGUACAACGACGUGCCCACCGUCUUGUUCCCGAUUAUGUGGUUCGAAGAGAGCGUCAGGAUAACCCCGGAGCUCGCAGGGAAGCUGAAGUUGCUGCUCGCUCUGCCUGCGAUCGGGCUGUUCUUCUCCGUGGGCCUCAUCCUGUUGGGACUCGUCGUCCUGGCCGUGGCUACGGUACCCAGGGCCCUGAGGAACAUGCAGUGGCGCCUCCUUCGCCACCGCAAAGAGAAAGUGGCCACCAGAAGGCGUUACCAAGUCUCGUUUCUUAACGAGAACUCUCGUCCUCUCGUGGCAGCGGCCGGACCCACUCACGAGGACGCCGAUGUCAAGUGAGGGAGGAGGGAGGGUGUUUAUCCCUUCGUGUAACCGAGCAGGACUGCGUUUCCUGCCAACUGCGAAUAUGCAAUAGUAUUCAAGGACGUCAGGAAUGUAUGAAUAAAUUUAUGACUGAAAUAAUAUGUAAUUAAACUGUAUUAAUGUGCAGGAACAAUAUAAUGAUUCCAAUUAUGUUUUAUAAAUGAAUUAUGCAACUAGUAAACAAAUGAUGUAAGUUUAUAAUGAAUUAUGUGAAAAUGUGCAAUCGGUAAUAAAAGAAUAUAUUAUUUAAUGAUGCUUA